AUGGCAGACAAGGAGUCAUUGGCGUCGUUUGACGUUUAUCCCGUCCACAUGUUUGACGACUGCAAAGGCCCGCGUAGCAUCAUGAUGCGAUGGAUCUUCCGCGUCGACGCACAGCUCGACGCAGACAAGCUCCGCACGGCCUUUGCGCAGGUCUUGGAAACAGGAGACUGGCGCAAGCUCGCCGGGCGUCUGCAUUACACUAAGACUGGCGGGCUCGAAAUACACGUUCCUCAUGUGUUCACGGAGCAGGACCCGCCCUUUACUUAUACCCACCGCGACCACUCUGCCGAAUUAUUCGACGCCGACCCGGCCCGGCGCACAUUUCCCCGCGCCGCGUCCGGGCCACACAUAUACUCCCGGACCCCGGCCGCCAACGCCGCCGUGUUCGCGCCUGUUGGCGUCCCCGCGACGCUCGCGGAGCACAUUUCGCGCGGGCUGCCGCAGCUCGGCCUGCACGUCACCACCUUCCGCGACGCCACGCUCAUGGAACUGACAUGGCCGCACACCGUCAUGGAUGGCACCGGCCAGCGGGAUCUGCUCGCCGCGUGGUCCCUAGCCUUGGCCGGGCGCGCGCACGACAUUCCCCCGUUGGCGGGUGCCCGCGAGGACGUGCCGCGGCGCAUUGCGGAGCGGUACGCAGACGCAGACGCCCGGCAGCGCCUAGAAGAAGACGACGUGAUGCAGGACAGGGCGCUGAUGGGGUUCGGCAAGCUGCUGUUUUUUUGCAGGCUGUUGUGGCGGUUGCUGAUACGCCCGCGGGCCGACUGGCGCGUCUUUCGGCUCCCGCGGGCGGUGGUUGCCAGGUGGCGGGAGGACGUGGAAAAGCUGCCGCCGGAUCCGAAGACGGGCAAGCCGCCGUUUGUGAGCGACGGGGAUCUGAUAUGCGCGUGGCUGGUGACGCUCGCCGCCGCAGCCCGCAGCCCGCGACGGCGCGCGCGAUACGUCGUCGCCGGGUCCGUCAACUGCCGUUCGCGGAUCCCCGCCCUGCGGGGCGGCAUAUACAUGCAGAACCUGCUCAGCCUGUAUUUCGCCUCGGUGCCCAACGUUGGCAGCCCGGAGGACAAUUCCCUGGCGCGGAUCGCGCUCGCGCAUCGUGCGCAAGUGGCUGCGCAGACCACCGAGACCCAGAUCCUGCACCACUUUCAACAGCGGCGCGCCGAAGCCAAUGCCGGUCAGAGACUGAGCGUGCCGCUGUACUGCCGCGCAGAUGACGUGGUGCUCAUGUGCAACAACUUGUCGGGGCUGCGGAUCGGCGCGGCGGCAGGCUUUGGAGCGGCGGUGGUGGAGAUGACGACCGCGGCGGAUGGGACGCGGGCGUCGGGGCGGGUGGUGAGCCAUUACUACUUGUCGAGUGACGAUGGGAACAGGCCGACACCGUACUUUGUCUGUUUGGAUCAGGACGAGGAGGGGUACUGGAUUCGGGCGAAUGCAUCGCCGGGGACGUGGGAGAGGAUUAUACGGGAGAUAAGCGCGGGAGAGGCGCAUGUACAUGUAUGA